AUGGCGAGUGGCUUGAGAAUUUUGGUCCCCGUCAAGCGGGUGAUUGAUUACGCCAUCAAACCGCGAAUCAACAAAGCCCAGACCGGCGUCGAAACCGCCGGCGUCAAACACUCGCUGAACCCAUUCGACGAACUCAGCGUCGAAGAGGCCGUGCGCCUUCGUGAACGAAAAGGCCCGCUCAAGGUCGAAAACAUCCUCGCGCUGUCGGCCGGAGGCGCCAAAUGCGCAGACACGCUGCGUACCGCCAUGGCCAUGGGCGCUGACAAGGGCCUGCACAUCGACGUGCCCGAGUCGGCGGAGGGCGGACCGGAGCCAUUGACUAUUGCCAAGCUUCUCCAGGGCGUCGUGCAAAAGGAAAACAUCAACAUGGUUCUGCUGGGCAAGCAGGCUAUUGACGGUGAUCAGGGCCAAACGGGCCAGAUGUUGGCCGGAUUGCUGGGUUGGUCGCAGGCGACGCAGGCCAGCAAAGUCGACAUCAAGGACGAGAGCGGCACCGUCGAGGUUACCCGCGAAGUCGAUGGUGGUGUUGAAACGCUCAAGGCGAAGCUGCCCUUGAUCAUCACGACCGAUCUGCGACUCAACGAGCCCCGUUAUGCCAGUCUCCCGAACAUCAUGAAGGCCAAGAAGAAGCCAUUGGAAAAGAAGACAUUGGCCGACUUUGGCGUUGAGGACAAGCGGCGGCUCAAGACCGUCAAGGUCACCGAACCCCCGGCCAGACAGGGCGGUGGCAAGGUCGAAGAUGUCGACGGACUCGUCUCCAAGCUGAAGGAGCUUGGAGCUCUAUGA